AAAAAAAAACCCCUCACAAUUCAUCUUCUUCACCUGUUUACGGCGGCACCUUCCCGCGAUGGUCUCCGCCACCGCCGCCGACGACUCGGCGGCAGAAUCGCUGGCGAUAAGGAAGCUCGGCCGUCUCUUUAAGCUCACCGAAGUCCACCUAUGGCGAGCUACCUCUUUUUUUUAUUUAUUUAUUUUACUGAUUUUUUUUUUUUUUUUGUGUCGCCAAUUUUUAGUUCUAAAGUGUUUUGGGAAUUAUGGAGCAGGGAUAGUUCUUAUUCCAACAGUUAUUCCGAGACUUAUUCUCGGGAUUACUCUCCGGAAGACGAGCCUACUAGCUCUUGCACCGCUACUGAUGUCAACUCAGGAAUCACACAGGAAGUGGAUGGUUAUGCUCAUGCCGAAGAUUUGGAAUUAGCUUGUCAGAUGGAUGCUUUGGGUCUGCCCGUUUCAUUCAGCACGAGUAAGGAGAAGAAGAAUGUAGCUUUCGGCGGAAAGAAAAAGGGAAAGGGAGUGAAAUCCAGGUCUUCUAGUGAUCUAAAAGAUAAUACCGUCCCUGCAGUUUGGAAAGACGGUGAAUCGGAAAGUGUUUCUCCAUCGAGAGUUUGGCAUGAUUUCACAAGUUCGCCUACUCGUUGCGAUGCUUCAGGAGAGUCUGCUCGAGCUUCUCCUUGCAAAACUGAAGAGAUUGAUGGAGGUUAUGCUGCUUUUGCCAACAGCCAAUUUUGUGACAAAGUGAGCGAUGAAAUAGGCCUUGAUCAUGUUGAUCGAGAGACCAAGUUUUGUGGUAUUGCUUCACAGUCGGACGCUCGAUCCUCUGGGCAGCGUUCUCAUGGAAAUGGAUUUAGUAAUGGCAGCGGUGAACUUUGUGAGGAGGGAAGGUCAUACGAGAAGAACGAGGAGGAAAAGCACUUGGACUCUUCAUUGAUAUCACAUGAUACUAGUGAAAAUUGUGGGUCAAAUGACACUGAAACACUGAAGCCCUGUUCAAUAUCAGUGGAGUCGCCUUUGAGUGAGAACCACGCUCAAAAUGCUGAAAAUAGUGCACAUUUUGAAUUUGGUGACUGGAGAGUGAUUUGGGAUGCUUUUUAUGAGAGAAAUUAUUUCUACAACGUCGAAACACGGGAGUCUACGUGGUAUCCUCCUUCAGGCUUGGAAGACUUUGCUCUUUCCACCAGCACUUGUGCAGCUACUGAAGAGGAUGCACAGGGAUUACAAGAUUUGAGUUGCUCAUUCCAUGAAAAGAAUGUGCAUGAUUUGGAUAAAGAGGAGAAUAAUGUUUACUGUGAAGAAGCUUGCAAUAUACCUGAUUCUUCACUUGAAGAUCCGAAAAACACUAUACAUGAAGUACAAUAUGAAGAAAAUGUGCAAAGUGACUCCUCUACGAUUAAUGGGCUAGACUAUCAUUAUUCAAUUGCUACAACAAAAAAGAAAAAGAGAGUAAGAAGACUCCAAUCACAACAUACAUUUCAAGGAGUCAUCGAAGGCCUCUCUACCACUGAUAUCAGCAAGUACUGGAUUCAGAGGUACUCACUUUUUUCUCGUUUUGAUUAUGGUAUAAAGAUGGAUGAAGAAGGCUGGUUUUCCGUCACACCAGAGCCCAUUGCAAGACAUCACGCGUCUCGAUGCGGUAGUGGCACUAUUAUUGAUUGUUUCACGGGAGCCGGAGGAAACGCCAUCCAGUUUGCUAUGAAGAGCAAUCAUGUUAUCGCUAUUGAUGUCGAUCCAACGAAAAUAGAGUGUGCACAGCAUAAUGCGGCUAUCUAUGGAGUUAAUGACCAAAUAGAUUUUAUAAUAGGUGACUUCUUUCAAAUUGCUCGACGCUUGAAGGGAGACACUGUUUUCAUGUCACCUCCUUGGGGAGGUCCUGACUAUGUUAAAGUGGAAACUUAUGAUAUCAGAACCAUGCUUAAGCCUUGUGAUGGAUAUUUUCUUUUCAAAAUUGCAAUGACGAUUGCCUCGAGAAUAGUGAUGUUUCUUCCUCGGAAUGUCGAUCUAAACCAAUUGGCGGAGCUGUCUUUAUCUGUUGAUCCUCCCUGCGAGCUUGAGGUUGAGAAGAGCUUUCUGAAUGGAAAGUUUAAAGCAAUUACGGCCUAUUUCAAAGUACGAUGAUGCAGGGAUCAUGCGGAGAUCACUACCUGACUCUUGCAUCGGAGGGGACGAUGAAUCCUGUUUCUUUAUGGCAAAGGAGCUUGUUCAUAUUAGUGAUGAACCUGGUUGGGAGUGUGUACAUCUAGCAUAUGUAUCAAUGGCAUUGACCUAUUUAUUUGGUUCUAUUUGUUACAAAUAUGUUGAUUUUUUGUAUUAAAGUAUGUGCAAAAAUGUGUAAGAAACUCUAGCCUCUUUCUAUGUAUGGAGUGUGACAAUUAGCUUUGAGAGUCA